AUGGAAGGAGUUGGCGGCGGAGGAUGGGUUGCUGGUGGGCCUAUCAGCCAACUGGCCUACCCAGAACUCAUCAGUGCUAUCAGUUCUGGCUACGCCGGCGUUACAACUGAUGCGGGCUUGAAUGUCGGGGUGGAUGUAUCUGCCAGCGCAUGGGCGCUUCUCAGUCCCGGCAACGUCAAUCUUUAUGAUCUGCAGAAUUUAGCCUCUCGCUCGCUACACGACCAAGCAGUCAUUGGGAAAAGCCUCAUUAAGGACUUUUACGGCAGACCGCCAAAGAAGUCGUACUGGAACGGUUGCUCCCAGGGCGGCCGUCAAGGCUUGAUGCUCGCACAACGAUAUCCUGACUUGUAUGACGGCGUUGCUGCUGCUGCUCCAGCCAUUAACUGGAAUGCCUUUUUCACCGCCAUGUAUUGGCCUCAGCUCAUUAUGGACUUGGCUGGGAAAUAUCCUCACAGAUGCGAGCUGGAUGCAAUCACUGCGGCAGCAGUAUACGCGUGCGAUGCUUUGGAUGGCGUUCUAGAUGGUGUAAUCUCGAAUACAGAUGCAUGCGUUUUUGACCCCUUCACAGCUGUCGGCACCGUCUUUGACUGCCCCUCUACCAAUACGACAAUGCAGAUCAGUCACACGGCAGCAGUAGUAGCCAAUGCUACGUGGUCAGGCCCACAAACUUCCAAAGGAAACUUCCUAUGGUACGGGCCUCACAGAGGGUCAGAUCUUUCCGGCAGUUCUACCGGAUUUGGCCUUGCUGGGACACAAUGCACUGGCGAAGUUUGCGUUGGGGCUCCACUCUAUCUUGGCACAGAGUGGAUGACACUAUUCAUUGAAAAGAACCCUGAUUUCAAUCUCACCAGCAUCUCCCAUGAACAGUACGACGAAAUUUUUCACGCUGGAAGGCAAGAGUUUGCUAGCAUCAUCGAGACAGCCGACCCUAAUCUUUCGCAAUUCAAGUCUCACGGGGGUAAGAUCCUAACCUUCCAUGGCCUGGCUGAUCCCGUCAUCCCUCCGAGAGGCACGGAGCGUUACUAUAAUUCUGUCAGGGCAUUAUACUCUGAUAUUCAUGAUUUCUAUCGAUUUUUCCUUGCCCCCGGAGUAGCGCACUUCCUAGAGGCCUUAGUGGAAUGGGUCGAGACGCUACCUGUUAGCUUCACUAGCGCCAAAGGUACCACCUACAACCAAAUCCUCUGCCCAUAUCCACAGAAGUCAGUCCACAUCCUAGGCAGUGACCCGACUUUGGCAAAGAGUUACCUCUGUGUUUAG